AUAGAGCAGUGCUGAUGCAGAGUUCAACAGAAUUAAAGUUCCCGCACUAACCCCACCUCCACUUCCAUGAUUGGCUGGCGCACGCGAACGUUAAGUUUCGGCAGUUUGCUGCAGCCAAAAAUUCGUCGUCCACCAGGCAGAUUCAGAAUGCGAUGAGGUCGAUGAACCGAUUGUCAACAUGGCGGCCGACGAGAUUGCUCACAGCGUGGUUAACGCGCCUCCUGCGGCGCCAGACGCCGUACCCAAAAGCGAGCCUGCUGGCGAGAAUAAUGGGAGCAAUGGGCGCGGGCCGAAGCGGGGCGGCAAAGACCGAGGAAACGACAAGUCCAAAAAGCGCAAGCAACAUGCGGGCUUCGGGAGCGCGAAGGGCGAGGUCGCCGACAAGCGCGAGCAGGUCCAGAACAACCGCAAUGCCAAGCGCCGCCGCGUGAUCGACGGAGACAACAACGGGAGUAGUUACAUGAGCAUAGCGUUCACCCCCGAAGAGAUCGCCGCCGAGGAACGCCGACCGAAGCGCAAGGUGGCCGUGCUGAUCGGGUACGCCGGGACGGGCUACCACGGCAUCCAGAUCAACCACAAGGAGAAGACCAUCGAGGGCGACAUCUUCGCCGCCUUUGUUGCCGCCGGCGCCAUUUCCAAGGCGAACGCCGACGACCCGAAGAAGUCCAGCUUGGUGCGCUGUGCGAGGACAGACAAGGGCGUGCACGCGGCCGGCAACGUGCUGUCGCUCAAGCUGAUCGUGGAGGACGAGGACAUCGUCGAGAAGAUCAACCAGCACCUGCCGGAGCAGAUCAGGAUAUGGGGCAUCCAGCGCACGAGCAACGCCUUCAGCUGCUACCAGGCUUGCGAUUCGCGAUGGUACGAGUACCUGAUGCCCAGCUACUCGCUACUGCCGCCCCAGCCGCACAGCUUCUUGGGUAAGAAACUUGCCGAGUCUGCGAGGGAGAGGGGGGUAUACGACGAGUACAUGGACCGCUUGGACGAUACGAAGGGCUUCUGGGAGGAGGUGGAGAAGAAUGACAUCCAACCGAUCCUUGAGAAGCUCGAUUCCGAAGUCCGGGCUGAAGUGCUGCGGAAGCUCCACGACACAGCGGAUCAAGAUCUAAAUGACGAGGGAAUGCCGGCGCAGCCCGAUGCGGGGGUUGUUGCGCAGCCCGCUCAGGGUGAACCCUCGGCGGACAAGUCGGACGCUGAGGAGACGGCAGAGCCGGGGACUGCAGAGUCACAACAGGACAGCCCAGCCAAGGAAGCGAGACCCGAAAGGGAGCUCACCCCCGCGGAGCUGGCACUCCGCGAGCUCAAAGCCGCCUAUGUCGCCGCCAAACGACGAUACCGCGUCACGCCGCCGCGCAUCGAGAGGCUCCAACAAGCGCUCAACUGCUACCUCGGCACGAAGAACUACCACAACUACACCGUCAUGAAGUCGCACGGCGACCCGUCGGCGAAGCGGCAUAUCAAGUCAUUCCAAGUCAACCCGACGCCGAUCCAGAUCGGUGACACCGAGUGGCUCUCGCUCAAGGUGCACGGGCAGUCCUUCAUGAUGCAUCAGAUCCGCAAGAUGGUCGCCAUGGCCGUCAUGGUGGUGCGCUGCGGCGCCCCGCUCGACCUCAUCCACCAGAGCUACGGACCUAGGCGAAUCAGCAUCCCCAAGGCGCCCGGGCUGGGCCUGAUGCUGGAGCGGCCCAUGUUCACCGAGUACAACAAGCGGGCGCCGGGGCUGGACAAGGAGCCGAUCGACUUCGCCAAGUACGAGGACAAGAUCACCGAGUUCAAGGACAAGCACAUCUACAGGCGGAUGUUUGAGCUGGAGGAGAAGGAGAAUUCAUUCCACUUGUUCUUCAACCAGGUCGAUAACUUCCGCACCGAUUACUUCCUGUGGGUCACUGCCGGCGGGAUUGAGGCGUCGCAUGAGCGGUCGGCGAGGACGGAGAAGGUGCCCAAGGCGUUGCAGGCCGAGCUGGGCGAUGAUGCGGAUGGCGUGGAGGAGGUGGGCACAUAAGGGGGAAGAAUGUAGAAGGAUAUGUUUGUCAACGUGGUUCAAAGUUGAGGACCAGACAUCCUCGGCAUAUGGUGGUCGGCUUCUGUUCCCUUGACUUGACC